UUGAAAAAAGUCUUCUCCUAUUCUCCCUCUUCUUCCUUUUAUAUAUCUUACUCUUUUAUCCAUCUUUUCUCUCACAGCACAUUCAAAAUUUAUUUGCUAGGCAAAAGACUUUGUCUUCAAAAAAGCCUUCUCCCUUCUACAUUCGAAGUUAUUGAAAUACCAACAAUAUUUUCUAUGAAAAAAGAAUUCGAGCAAAUUUGUAUUCCUUUCCGGUAGAACAUUUUCCGAAAUAGGAAAAACUACAAGCUAAGCACCAUUAGCUAAGCCUCACUUUUGCAAGACCUUGGCAUUCUCGCUUUUGUUAUUGAUAAUUAUUAGCGAUACGAGUGUAGCAAGAAAAGAGACUAUAGGUGAGACAAUACUCAUACAUAACUGCUACUUCUGGGAGACAUCUAAUCGCACGUCGAAUCAGUGGCUGAUCCAGUAAUCACAUGCAGGUUUACGGGUUCGGCAAAACCUAGCUAGUGCUACAAACCUUUUUAAUAUCUAUACACUCGAAAACUUAUAAAUACAGUUAGAUAUAUAUUUCGGAAACCACAUAGCCCUCUCAAUUCAAAAGCCACAACGUCUAAAUUCUGAAUUCUGCCUCUCGUGUUGAUUGACUAUGUCUCUGCAACCUCAUGAUAAUCAACAAACCCUUAUAGACGAUGAAAAACAUGUUGUAAAUUCUACAGAGAGAUUUUCCUAUCAUGAUCCACCUGAAUCUUUUUGCCUCUCUAAAGAUUCAGAACGAGAUUGGUUUGAUCAAAAUGCAGCCAUGCAAAGAAAAACCUCAAUGAAAUUUGCAUUUUCAGGCAAAGCCAAUAAUAAAAAUUCCAAGAUUUUAUCUCACAAUUCUGUCUCAUCUUUAAACCAACAAAAUCGAAAUCCGUCACUUUUUUCCAUUCCCAAGACUAGAAAAUCUUUCUCGGCUGAUGGACAUCCACGUGUCAACAAGGCAGCGAAACCAAAAUCCCGGUUCACUAGAAGCCGGUCUGAACCGGGGAAAAAGAUGUUGAGGCAGGUGUCUGAACCGGGUUCACCAAAAGUGUCAUGCACAGGUAGGGUCCGCCGGUCCAAGUCAAAGAAAGAUACUAGUAGGACAAUAAGAACCGGGUUUUGGAAAAAGGUUAGAGCGGUUCUUAAAAUCCGGUCCGAAGAAAAAGGAGUGGCUGGUGUACGAACUGCUGAACCGGACCUGUCCGUGUCCGGUUCAGUAGUUCUGAAGCGAUCUACGACUCGUCGAUGGUCAGAGUAAUAAAUUGACUUGUUUUUGGCAUGUUGAAAUUUUUUAUGAUAAGAGAUUAUCUAUAUGUUUGAAAAAUAUUUAGUUGAACUUUUUUAAGUUUUUGGAGUUUGGCUUGUUAUGCUACUUAGUGUUUUGUUGUUAAUCAUAUAAAAGAUGCUUAUUCUCUUAGUAGGUGAAGG